AUCAACUCAUAUAGCCAGGCUUAAGUUAGCCCAAAAAUGAAGAGGGAACUAAGUUCAAAUAAUUCAAUUCCCUCAUAUAACUUCAUACUCUCCAAAAAGAUAAAGUAGAUAUAAACCAAAACCUCAUAAACAGAGGCAUCACAUAUCCAUAUAUUGAUAUGGAUCAACCAAAGAAACCUAACAAGAUCAGAGACAUCGUUAGACUUCAACAGAUCCUAAAGAAAUGGAGAAGAGCAGCCAAUGAUUCAAAAACAAAAAGCAGUAACAAUAGCAGCAGCGGCAGUAGUACUACUAGUAAAAGCAUAAAAUUUCUGAAAAGAACACUUUCAAUGUCCGAACGCGAAGGAGGAGGAUCAAGUAACGCAGUUCCGAAAGGCUACCUAGCUGUUUGUGUUGGUGUAGACCUUAACAGGUUUGUUAUACCAACUGAGUAUUUGACUCAUCAAGCCUUUCAUAUAUUACUCAGAGAAGCUGAAGAAGAAUUCGGGUUUGAACAAACCGGUGUCCUGAGAAUUCCUUGUGAAGUAUCUGUGUUUGAAAGUAUCUUGGAGAUGGUGGAAGGAAAAGGUAGAUUUUCUAUUCAGAAAUGUAGUUUAGGUAUUGAAAAAAUGAUGGGAUACUGUUCCUCAAACCAGCUUGGUUAUCAUCAUCAUCCUCAAAGUCCUAUGUGCAGAUAGUUCUGUCAUGACAAUUUUAACAAUUUUUUUUUCUUACUUUUUUAUCUUAUCUUUUACUAGUUCUUUAUGGAAAUGGAAGCCAAUCUAUAUAUGUAUUAAUUAUAUGAGAAGAAUACAACUUUUAUUGUCCAAAUUUUGUAUUAUACAGCUUAAUUGGUUGGCAACA